AUGGCCAAGUCUGACCAAGGUCGGCAUUUCCUGGCUGGCAAGACCAUCGUUGUAGCUGGUGCUGGCAUCGCCGGCCUCGCCUUCGCAAUAGGCCUCCGAAAACAAUGGAAGCACGGCCAAAAGCAACCUACCGUCAUCAUAUAUGAUCGCGACAGCCCCGGCUCGGACGCGUGGAGACAAGGGCAAAACUACACCUUUUCAAUAUCAGGAUACAGCGACGCCGGCGGGCUUGUCGCCCUGAAGAAGAUGGGCAUCAUUGACGCUGUUUUCUCAAGUGCUGUUUCUGGGAUAGACGGCUCUGGGUCGUUCACUAUCUGGAGCCCAGACUGGGGCGAGCGUUUUCGUUCACAGCGACCGCCUAUUGCAGGACUGCCUACGCCCAGUAUUCGCAUCGUCCGGAAGGAACUUAUGCGCAUUCUAACAGACGAGUGGGAGUCUUUUGAAAACAGCAGCAUCCAAUGGGGCACGCAAUGCGUAAAUGUUGCAAAGGCUCCCAAUGGCAGACUUCGCGUAUACUUGAGGGAAAUCAGGCAAGGAGAAGAGGCUGGAGAAACCCAUACCGAAUGUGAUGUCUUGAUCGCCGCGGACGGGGCAAACAGCAAAAUACGAAGAGUGCUCCGUCCACACGAUGACUUGGAGUACAUCGGCGCCGUAUUGCGAGGAGGACUGGCCACAUUCCCAGAGGGCGUUCCCAGCCCGGUAGACAAGGACUGGGGCUUCGUCAUGGGCAACACGGGCGUGACAUGCUUCAUAUCGCCCGUAGAUCGGAACACGGUCAUCUGGGCGGUCGGCAACCUAGAAACGGAGCCCGUCAAGGAGCUCACGCGCGAACAAGGCAAGGAGGAGCGCCGCGCGGUGGUCGACCAGGCCGCCGCGCUGGGUCACAUCUUCCACGAGCCGUUCCCUACAAUGACGAGGCAAACCGACCCCGGGUCCGUCUUGUGUAUCAACGGCCGAGACAAGCAGCCCUUUCGGCACGGCGAUAUUUCCGACGUGCCCGUGGUUUUCAUCGGCGACAGCAACCACGCCCUGAGUCCCUUUGCCGGCUUCGGCGCAAACCUAGCCCUUUCCGACGCAUGCGAUUUAGCGGAACAGCUGUGCCAGUCUCACGAGUCGCUGGCCAGGGCGGUGGAGGCGUAUGAUCAAAUCAGCGAGCCUCGUGCGAGGCGGAUAUGGACUGAGUCACGGAAGAAUCUGAGGGCAGGGCAUAGCACUGGGGUUCGAUAUUGGUUCUUUGUGUGUCUCUUGUGUGUUGGGGAUUGGGUGAGUUGGAUUCUUGGCAAGGUCCGUAGACGGCGAGUUUGA